AUGGAAACAUGGUUCAUUGCACUACUCUCACUCUUCAUCAUCUUCCUCAUCAAAGCCACUAUCUCCACCCUCACCACCCCCACACUCCCUCCCGGUCCACUCCACAUCCCCGUCCUCACAAGCAUCCUAUGGCUCCGAAAAUCCUUCGCCCAACUCGAACCUUUUCUUAAAACCCUCCACGCCAAAUAUGGUCCUAUCAUCACUAUUAGAAUCGGUUCUCGAGUUUCUGUUUUCAUUGUUGACCGUUCCAUAUCUCACAAUGCUCUCAUUCAUAACUCAUCAAUCUUCUCCGGUCGUCCUAAAGCACUUCCCACCAGCAUACUCAUGUCUAGUAACCAGCAUAGUAUCAGUUCAGCUUCUUACGGUGAUACGUGGAGGACCCUUCGUCGUAACCUCGCUUCCAAGAUGCUUCAUCCAUCGAAAAUCAAAUCUUUCUCAGAAAUCCGGAACUGGGUCCUAUACAUUCUCAUCCAUCGUCUUAAAACCGCUUCGGAGUCGGAGUCCUUUACUGUUGUUCCUCACUUUCGUUAUGCCAUGUUUUGUUUACUUGUUUUUAUGUGUUUUGGUGAAAGAGUUAACGCUGAGAAAAUUAGUGAAAUUGAAAGUGAAGAAAGGGCGCUUCUGUUGAGUAUAAGCAGAUUCAGUAUAUUGGAUUUCUGGCCUGAAGUUACUAAGAUUUUGCUGCGGAAACGAUGGGAGGAGUUGUUGAAGUUGCGUAAGGAUCAAGAAGAUGUUUUGCUUCCGCUGAUAAGAGGGAGGAAGCAAAAUAAGGAAAGUAGAUUGAGCGAUGUUAACAGUGUUGUUUCUUAUGCAGAUACUAUUUUGGAAUUGGAGUUAAAGGAGGAGAAUCGCAAGUUGAGUGAUGAUGAAAAAUCCAUUACAGGUUCAUAUUUCUCCUAGGAUCUAGAUCAUGUGUGUCAAUGACAUGUUGUUAUUGAUAGUAAAACAUGUGGAUUUGUCACAUGGUUAGAUUUUGCUUCUUCCAAUGAUUCAUUAUGCAUACAUGUGUGACUAUGGUACGAUGUUGUUUUCGUGUAAGGAGAAGACAUUCAAUGUAGCAAAGUGUGAUGUAGUUGAAAUGUAAAAGUUGGUUUAUGUUAUGCAGAUUAUGGUAUCAUGACUGACAAUGCAUGUCUCAGA